CAAUCUUAAGCUUGUUAUAUAUAUUACCACGUACGUACAUUAACAUUACAUAGCAAUGGCGGGCAAGCAGGUGGCAGCUCUGAUCCUCCUGUUGGUGGCGGUGGGCAGCGCGUCUGCGUACAGCUACAGGCCUAGGGGCGAGCAGUGCGAGCGGGAGGUGGAGGAGCAGAUGCCGAUGAGGAGCUGCAUGAUGUGGGCGGAGAGCAAGAUGAGGAGGGAGCCCUACGCCGAUGGCGAUGCCUUCUUCAGAAUCGGGCGCCGCUACAGAGAGGAGCACCUCGACGACUGCUGCGAGAAGCUGAGGCAGGUGAGCUCGGAAUGCCGGUGCCAAGCAGUGAAGGAGAUGAUGAUGGAAAUGCCGCAGGGGCAGAUGGAGAUGCAGCGAAUGAUGUGCUCACUCCCCACCAAGUGCAGAAUGAGCGCCUGCUCCUGCCCCCGCUACUUCGAUUAAUUCAUCAUCACUCUCUCCCAUCGUAUUUAGCUACCGAAAGCACUGUUUAGCCCAUCGGCUACCAUCUUGCUUUCUAAUAAAUUACCGCAUCAUCGAUCGUGUGGUCUAAGAAAUAAUGAUUUGCCUCUAUCUCUUUUUUACUUCUACUA